ACAACACAGGAGGAAUAGGCCAUUUGAGUUUGACCCACCCACCCCUUUUCCCAAAGACGUUUCUCUUCUCAAUUCUCAUUCACCUCCUCCUCCUCCCUCAUCACCAGCUAGCCAAGCCAAGCCAGCAGAGUCCAGAGGGAAAAAAAGAUUUAGGAAUGGACGACGCCUACGGCUUGGCCGGCCGGUCGAUAGAUUCCCACCACUCGGGGCCGCCAUCGGAUCGGACCGCUCAGGACAGCCUGACGUACAUACUACAGCUCGCCAGGCAGAGCCAGGUGCUCGUGAUCCAGCAGCUGGCUGGCCAUAGAGCUAGAGCCGUCAAGCUCUCUCCUCCUCCCCCCUCUUCUUCUUCUUCUAUAAGUACGUCAGCUCCUCGUGGUGCAACAACGACGACGACGACGACGCGCUAUCGAGACCGGCCACAACACAGACCGGAGCAGAGCCUUUGCAUAUAGAUCGAUCACCACUCGAUCUCUACUUGAGCCGGCGGCGGCGGCGGAGCUUAAUUAGGAUUCGAUGGUUGGAGGAGGGAUGCCGCGGGGGGAUCCGCUGGUGGUGGGGCGGGUGAUAGGCGACGUGGUGGACCCGUUCGUGCGGCGCGUGUCGCUGCGGGUCGGGUACGCGUCCAGGGACGUGGCCAACGGCUGCGAGCUCCGCCCCUCCGCCAUCGCCGACCCGCCCCGCGUCGAGGUCGGCGGCCCCGACAUGCGCACCUUCUACACGCUGGUGAUGGUGGAUCCGGACGCGCCCAGCCCCAGCGAUCCCAGCCUUAGGGAGUACUUGCACUGGCUGGUCACCGACAUCCCGGCUACGACAGGAGUAUCUUUUGGGACUGAGGUGGUGUGCUACGAGAGCCCGCGGCCGGUGCUCGGAAUUCACCGGCUGGUGUUCCUUCUAUUCCAGCAGCUCGGCCGGCAGACGGUGUACGCUCCGGGUUGGCGGCAGAACUUCAGCACCCGCGACUUCGCCGAGCUGUACAACCUCGGCUUGCCGGUCGCCGCUGUUUACUUCAACUGCCAAAGGGAGUCUGGAACUGGAGGGAGAAGAAUGUGAAUUUUCUCUCCUCUCUAUAUAUGAUGAUGACAUAUAGGUCGAUGCAUGAGAGUCGGUGGAUGAUUGUAUGGGUAGUUUAUACACGGCGAAAAUGAGAAAGCAUUGUAAUAUAUGUGAACUGUCUUUAUAGUUUUUAUAUAUAGUAUAAAUAUAUAUUUUAUUGGCCGGGGUUGGUUGUGAUGGUCCGUUUGCCGUACCACCUGCCCCUCCGCCCAAAGUAAUUUCUAGCAAGUCGGUUCUGUCUUGGUCGUCCAUGUUUUGGAUUCUCACAAAGUAUAAUAUGGUCAUUUUUAAAAUUUUGCUGUUUAGCAUAUAACUGAGUCUUAUGUAACCGAUGAUUCGAAAGGGUAUUGAUGCAGCAUUCAGGUGAUGCAUUGUUCUAAUAAUA